GCCGCACUUACGACCUCACGGGCGGGCUGUCCGCGCCACCUCACGGGGAGCUCCCGUGAGGCUGCUGGGAAGGCUCCAGGCCGGCUGCCCACCGUGGCCCAGUAAAGGACUUUACCUGAUAAAAACAGGAGAAAUGACGAAGCUAGAUGAAGACCAACUUCUUAAAUCCAACAGAAAUGGAGACCCUGGAUCUGUUGAAGAAUUGUUUGGUGUGCAGAUGGGACCUGCGAAGGAGAGACCCCAGAAUGCUACCUUGCCUUCACUCGUUCUGUAAGGACUGUCUUCCAGAUUUGAUUCAAGGAUAUAGAUGUGUUCCCACUGAGUAUGAAGUUCUAUAUGAAGGUAUCCUUUCCUGCCCAGUGUGCAAACAGACCUGCUUUGCAAGGGAUGUAGUUGAAAAUUUCUUUCUCAAGGACUUUCCCACUGGUAAUUCAGCUAUGGCAAAGAGCUGCUCCACGUGUAAAGAAAAGAGAUCUGCUCACAGUCUCUGUACAAGCUGCAAUAAGUGGUUGUGCAGCUCAUGUACAGAGGAACACAGGCAUGGCAAGGAAUCUGGAGACCGCUUCCUGUCUGCAUCCCUGAAGGGCUGCACAGCAACUGAAGACGAAGCAAGUGAGUUUUCCUUAUUUUGUCCAUUGCACAGUCAAGAGCCGCUCAAGCUGUUCUGUGAGACCUGUGAUACCCUCACGUGCUGCAGCUGCCUUCUGACAGAGCAUAAGGAACACAGGUUCAGACAUCUUGAUGAAGCUUUGCGAAAUCAGAGAGUUAUCCUGGAAAAUGUCAUAACUAAAGUGGAAGAGAAAAAAAAUGGGAUUCAGGUUUCAGCUAAACAGAUUGAAGACAGGUUGCUUGAAGUAAAACAAUUAUACAAAAAGGUAGAAAAUCAAAUAAAAAUGGCCAAGAUGGUUUUGAUGAAUGAAAUCAAUAAACGAACAAGCAUUCUUCUUGAACAACUUGAAAAAAUCACCAGUGAAAAGAAGCAGAAAUUGGAGCAACAGCUACAAGGUGUUGUGGUUUUAAGCAGACAAGUAGAACAUGUGCAGAACUUCAUCAGCUGGGCAGUGUACAGUAAAAACAGCAUCCCAUUUCUCUUCAGUAAAGAACUGAUUGUAUUUCAGAUCCAGCGCUUGUUAGAGACAAACUGUAACACAGACAUAGGCCCUCCUCUGAAGAUCAGAUUUACUUGGGAUCCCUCCUACUGGACUAAACAACUGUCCAACUUGGGAGGUUUUGCUGUGGAAGGUGGACACAUUUCUCACUCAGAUGUGCUACUCUCUGGAAAUGUGCAAGGAUUACAGACCUCCUUGUAUCAUGGGCACCAUUCACCAGCAUCACAGCUGGAGCCUGUGAAUAGCCAGACCCAUCAGUUUCCACCUGCAGUUCAGUGUCCUAUGUCUGUAUGUUGCUCGCACCGCCUCAGUGUAACUCACCCAAACAAAGCUCAGCCUUCUUACCAAGACAUAAACCGCCAUCAAAAUUUUCGACAACCUCCUGAACUGCAUCAUCAGGACUUUCCUCUGCAGUACAGCAUGCAGCAACAUGACAAAGAACAAAGAGGGGGGGGGCAGCCUAUGAAACUAACACAGUCUGGGCUGGAACAGCAGUCGCGGUCAGAGCCAGAGAAUGUAUCCAGGAGGAUAGGAAAGCACUUACCGUCCCAGCAGCUGCAGCAAACAGCGCCCCUGGGUUAUGCUGUUGUAUCGCAUGAGACUCAGCAAGUUCACACAAGCCAUCCACAGCCAUUCCACACACAGGCUUCUUUGCAGACAUCAACUGUGCAAGUGCAACUUGGUCAUCUCCAGAAGAUAAAAUCUAACCACUUCCAGCAGCAGCAGCUGCCACCAGCAUCACCACCAUCAGGUCAGAAUGAGAACACCCACAAACAAGUCAUCCAGCAGAGCCUGGACAUAAUGCACCACCAAUUUGAACUGGAGGAGAUGAAAAAGGAUCUGGAGCUUCUUCUGCAGGCCCAAGGACAGUCCAGCUUGCAGCUGAACCAAGCCAAGCCACCUCAACACGUGCAACAGACCAUAGUUGGUCAAAUCAACUACAUAGUGAGGCAGCCAGCAACAGUUCAGCAGCAAAUCCAAGAUGAAGCACAAGUCUGUGAGAGUUCCACUGAACCUGAUGCCCAGAAGUCUGUAAUUCCUGUUGACAAAAAUGGUAGUGCUUCUCUGUCACAGUUGCUAGAUGAAGAAGCCAGUGUCAGCAGUCACUCCCCUGAGAGCACAUUGCAACAAUCAACUUUCCGACCAAUGAGAAAGGGUUUGGCAUCCUUAAGCAUUGUGGGCUUUUCAAACGGUUUAGAAAUGGAAUUACCUGCAACAAGGUUAUCUACCACAGCUGAUCCACAAAUGCAAGGUGCAGCUGCUGUAACACUUGUCCCAUCCCCAAACACCCUUUGUGACUGUGAUACUUCAGCAGAGUCGGUGCCCAGUUACAACUUGGCAUUGGGCAGAGCUCCAAGCGACCUGAGCCCUGGGGCUGCUGCUGGUCUUGCACCAGGUGAUGCACUCCAGGGCAGCACUAAGUGCAAGCUGGAAAAUGAAGACUUCAAUACUGUAGAUCAUCCUCUAGAAAACAGCUUGGCUACAGCUGGGCAAGAUGUAGUUAAUGAACUAACUCUUUCUAUGCAAAAAGUCCUGGAAGAACCUAUUAAUCUUUCGAUCAAAAAGUCUCAACAUUGCACUUCUGAAAUGCUCAGCAACAAUUCGUUCCUGCCCAUGAAUGCCAGAAUGAGUCAACUUAGAAGCAAAGAAGAUUCCAAUAACUGUGAAAAGGAACAUUUUGAAAUGGAUAUGAAAAGCAAUCAGAAUGUCAGAGCUAGCAGUAAGGAGCAGAAGAUCCCCUAUGUACGACUGGAACGUCUGAAAAUAUGUACAUCAGAAGUGGGGGAGCUCCCAGUGUUUAAGCUCCAGCCACAGGACAAUGAGCAGAAGGGUGAUUUCCUCCUGAUAAUUGAAUGUGGGACCCAAUCUUCAAGUAUGUCUAUACAGAUAAAUAAAGACAGUCCACUUGAAGGACUGAAGUCCAAAGAUGAGAACUCAGAGGACAGAAAAUUUCACAUGUCCCAGGCUGCAGGACAGACAGAAUCUCUGUCUGUUGAUCAGAAGCUCAGCAAUGGCAUCUCCAUCAUGAAAAAAACUCCAGUUACUCAGGAAGUCAGUCCAAUUGAAAAUGAGGAUUUCUGUGCUGUGUGUCUUAAUGGAGGAGAACUAUUGUGCUGUGAUCACUGCCCCAAGGUCUUCCACCUCUCCUGCCAUGUUCCAGCCCUGCUCAGCUUUCCAGUGGGAGAAUGGGUGUGCACACUUUGCCGUAAUCCAGUGAAGCCAGAGGUAGAAUAUGACUGUGAAAACACACGCUACAGCCACAGCUAUAAUGCACAAUAUGGUCUUGAUGGCUAUGACCAGAAGAAGUGUGAAAAGCUGGUGCUUUCCUUGUUCUGCAGCAGUAUGAGCCUCCCGUUCCAUGAACCUGUCAGCCCCCUGGCUCGGCAUUAUUAUCAGAUCAUCAAAAGGCCAAUGGAUUUGUCAAUCAUACGAAACAAGCUGCUAAAAAAGGACAAGUCCCACUAUUCUGCACCUGAGGAACUUGUGACUGACGUGCGUCUCAUGUUUUGGAACUGUGCAAAGUUCAAUUAUCCCGAUUCAGAGGUUGCUGAGGCUGGGCGAUGCCUAAAUGCAUUCUUUGAGGGCAAACUGAAGGAGAUAUAUCCAGAUAGGCAUUUUCCUUCAAUGCAACAAGAAGACUCUGAUUCUGAAGAAGUAGAGAGUCAGAAUAGCAAAAUGCUGACCCAAGAUUUUCAGUGGCCGUCAUAUGGACAGGAGUGCAUUCAGCCUAAAAGGAGACGGCGCCAUGCAGUAAGAUUGCAAAAGCAAAAGCAUUUGGUUGCUAAGUGGCCACCCUGCUAAUUCUGUUUACAGCUACUGAUGGAAAGUUUUGACAGGGCUGUGUGGGAAAACUGUCAAGCUUCCAUCACGGAUAUGUGAUCAGUUCUACAAUUUUUUAUCAAGAACCUCUGAGUGGAAUAAAGUCAGUUGUGUAUAAAUGUGAGCAUGAACAAAUGAAGUCUCUCAGGCCACACAGUUAUCUUCACAGCAGAAAACUCUGUCAAGAUUUUUAAACAGACUAAGCCCUCUAGCUAUUCACUGUUUGUUUCCUUUAUACACAGGAAAGUGAAAAAACUAAAAGAAUGAUGUUUCAAGCAGCUAAUAGCCUUCCUCAGGUAUGACCUCCUCAAGAUACGACAUUUGCUAUGAGGAAUCCAGCAGCAUAACUGACAGAGUUAAGGUGUGUGGGAUGAAAGCAAAGCACUCGGGCUGUUUAUUUAAACUCUCCUAAUCUGCUGACCAUAUGCCUUAUUUCUAGAUCUUGUGGAUAGAUAACAGAUAUGAAGUAUUUGAAUCUGUCAAUAUUCAAUCUGUUAAAUCAUGUAUAUGUUUUGCAGGGUUUACACUGAAGUACUAAUGUUUUGGUGAUAGGUAAUAAUGAUUAAUAAUAGAAGUAACAUGAAAAUAAUAUGUAAUACUGCAGUACCAUUUAAUAAUCUGUUCAACAUGACAUCUCUGUUUUAUAGGGCACAGGUAACCAUAUAAUAAUCUUGCAACCUCAAUGUGAAUGUUGGCCAUACUUCGUGAUAAAUACAAUGUGGAAUCAUAAAAGCUGUAAUCGUAUUGUUUUAUUCAAUGAUUUUUCUGGGAGUUUGACUGCUCGAGGCCUAUGAGAUACAGUCUAAUGUGAUUAUCUGAUUAGCUGUUUCUUUUGAAGCAGAGCCUUUUCAUUAAAUCACAAAAGAACAGGUGCUAAUAGUGCUAAUACUAGGGCUCUGUGUGAACUGUUUCUGAGUGCAUACUGGAUGCUCUGUUUACAAGGAAUGAUUCUUCUGGUAUCUAAUUCAUGCUCAGAAGAGCAGUGUGGGAUUUCUUGGGUCUCAAAGGUAGCAUUUUUAUACAACCCAAGCCAGCUGUUUUUCUUUAAAGCAGAUAUUGGAGUUCAGUAAAUUAACUAUGAAGCAAAUUACAUGGUUGUAGAAGUGCCUAUAAAAUAACAUCAUAUAUUCUUGAUUUUGUCUGCAUAUUUUUUGUAGUUGUGAUUACCAACAGUGCUAGAAGGUGAUGAAAAUGUGUAUAUAGAGAAGCUCAAACAGAAUGAAAGGAUGUCUAAGGGUUUUUUUUGAGUUUGGUGGGGGUUUUUUGCUAAAUUCUAUAGUGUGUUGGCAGAACACCACCAAGGGCUGGAAGAGCAAUUGUAGAGUUCACUUGAACAAAGAGUAGCAUGUAAUUGUAAAGCCUGAAGGGUGGGAAAGGUAACAAGAUUUGACACCUGGUCAGAGAGUUAUGGUUUGCAAGCUGCUUCCCACCCCUUUGAGAAGCAGCUGAGCCAUAUCUUUGCAUGGCCAAUGAUUUCUUUGUGUGUGUGAGGGGCAUCUUCCUCCUUAGAUCUCUGCCCAGCAGUGUGAAGCUGGGCUGUGGUCUGGUUCUGGGAGAAGGGUUGUUGCAGAUCUCAAACACAGUUCAUUUUAAUUUGGUUCCUGUAAAUAAAGAUGAUAUUUUCAGCAUAGUUUAUAUGGGCUAUUUGGUCUGGUAACCAUGUAUGGUAUUUUAGAUAACACUUUAAAGUAAAAGUUUAUAUACAAAAUAAUAAGAUGUGAAUGUUAUAUUCUACUAUCUAUGUGACUUACUGUUUUCCAUUAACUUGGUAGGGAGCUAAUGUUUUCUUUGAAGAAAUGAAAAUCUGGAUGUUAUAAACUGACUGGAAAACUGUGAGAUGAAGGGACAGCCUUUACAUUUUCUAUAUGUGAAUUCCUAUGUGUGUGCUUUCUGUCAGACUCCUGUUUUCAAAACAGUAAGUGUCUUGGCACAGGGAAGUGAGUGCAGGUUUGUAACUGAAUUAAUCACCCUUAUCUGUGCUACAGGUAUCAUCUUUUCUCAGUUGGUAAAUAAUUCCUCCACCAAAGACCUACCUUUUACCAUUAAUAGCACAAAAAUUAUAUGCUGUAUAGCCUUCAUCUAGGGACAACUGAGGGAGAACUGGGAGAGGCUAUUGACAGCUUUCUCUUUUCCUGGAAAAGCACAGUCAACAAGAGCCUGCUUUUAUUUCUUGAAGGCUGUAAGUUUGUUAACUGUACCAUUAGUUUUGGAGAACACCUGUUUUAGUAAAAUUUAUCCAGCUGAAGCUGAAUAUAAAAAAUAUUAUACCUUUAUUAAAAAUAGAAGCAUACCACUUCGUCAUCAUAUAGAAGAUACCCUUUGCAUGUGUGCUGGCAGGACUCUGAGCUGAGCACUCUUAAGGCUAACUUUGGUUUUUUGAUUACUUCAGUAAGAGAUAGUAACAGUUAAAAAAAAUACUUGUAAACGUCAUGUCAUGUUGGUGAACAGAACAAACCUGAACUCAUAUGUACGACUUCCCAUACUUUCAAACAUAAAUCUGUGGGUCAGGAACUUCACAAUACAUUGCAUGUCAUAAGAACAACGUUCUCCAUCUCUGAUGUUGCCUUAAAGUUGCUGGCUUAUGCUGUUCCCGCUGCUGGACACCAUACUACCAGGGCCCGUAAAUUCUUGGGGCGUUUACUCUGUUGAAGUCCAAUUGCACACUGGUAACGGCACUGACAGGUAUGGAAGGAAGGGUCUCUAUUCCAAAAUCUAACAGCCCAUGUGGUCCAAAAGAGAAGCAAUAGGUUACGUAGUUACUUUUUCUUCUAUCACACAGCCUGUUUCACAAUCCAGAAUGUGUAGGAAAGGAAGCAAGAAGGAAUCCCUGAAGUUUUCCACUGGAAAUAAGUGUAGCAGGAAUGAAUGCCAGGAACACUGUGGAAACCUCCGCGAAUGCGCUAGGCUCAUGCAAAUGCAACCAAGGGUACAAUUUUUCCUUUUGUUUUUGGUAAUGGGUUACGUGUAGAAUGGAAAAUGUGCUGAAAUAGUUGGAAAAGAGAUUAAUUACACUUGAGUAAUAGGUCUUUUGAAGAAGAAAUGACAGCUACAAAUUUGACUUUCAUUCCCCUACAGAAAUUUCAAAGACAUACUUUUUCCAGUAUCAUUACAGAAGAAUGGCAUUAGAGUUUAUACAAACAGGUGUUUAACAAUUCAGAUUAUUGAAUGACUGCAUGUUUAUAUGUGUAAUGUGCUUUGCUGAACAAUAAAAUACGUGAAAUUAUUUUUGGA